AUGGUGUGGCAUAAAAGCUGCAGUCCUGCGCUCCCCUCGGCAGGGGGCGCCCUGGUGCGGGGGUCGCAGUCUUUGUGCUCAGGCGGACUGACUGAAGCAGGAGGAGAGUGGAGUGCGCACAGACAGCGGAAUCUCUUCCCUCUUCCCCAGGUCCUCUCUAAACUCCCUCCCGAACCUCUCCCCUUCCACCCUUACACCCUACCCACCCCCCAGACACUCUGCGGCUCGCUACAGCUAACUGUGACCAAAGACUUCCUCUACUUUGUCGACCAGUACAUCGUCUGCUAUGGAAUCCAGUCUGGUUGA